AUGACUCAAUUGCUCCACCAGAAAAUUCUGAAGGCGGCUCACCGCCCACCGCUUCCGGACGAACAGUCGAGUGACCUUGCGCUAGCACACAUCGUCCCCGAGAGGACUUGUCCCCUCAUUCUUUCUUUCUCUUCAAUUGUGAUGUCCCAAGAGGAUCCGGUCCUGCCCACGAGUCCCAAGGCGGGUGGUCCAGUAGCCUACCAGACCAACAAGGACCUGCUGCCCACAAUGGACGCCAACAGCGGUGCUCUCAUCGCCCCUGCCUCCAUUCCCGUUCGGGGAGGAAGCGAUCGCCUCGUGGCUCUCGAGCUCGAGGACGGUACCGUCUACCAGGGAUACAACUUCGGUGCCGAGAAGAGCGUUGCUGGUGAAUUGGUCUUCCAGACUGGUAUGGUCGGCUAUCCCGAGUCAAUCACCGACCCUUCCUACCGCGGCCAGAUCCUGGUCAUCACCUUCCCUCUGAUCGGUAACUACGGUGUGCCAUCUCGGGAGCAAGUCGAUGAGCUGCUUAAGCUCCCCUCAUACUUCGAAUCGAGCCAGAUCCACGUUGCGGCGUUGGUGGUGGCAACCUAUGCCGGCGAGGACUUCUCGCACUUCCUGGCUGCGUCGUCUCUGGGCCAGUGGCUCAAGGAGCAGGGAGUCCCCGCCAUGCACGGCGUUGACACCCGUGCACUGACCAAGCGUAUCCGUCAGAAGGGUAGCAUGCUGGGCCGCAUGCUGCUCCAGAAGGCCGAUGUCGCCAAGGAGGUGGCCGCCGCCGUCGAUGCUGCUACUUGGAAGUCCCACUUCGAGAAGCUUGAGUGGGUGGAUCCUAACACGAAGAACCUUGUGAAUGAGGUCUCCAUCCGCGAGCCCAAGCUCUAUACUCCUCCCGCUGAUGUUGCUCUUAAGCACCCCUCGGGCCGCCCCGUCCGUGUUCUGUGCCUGGACGUUGGUAUGAAAUAUAACCAGCUGCGCUGCCUGCUCACCCGCGGCGUUGAGGUCAUGGUUGUCCCAUGGGACUACGACUUCCCCAACCUGGCCGGCAAGGACUACGACGGUCUCUUCGUAUCCAACGGCCCCGGUGAUCCCGCCACUCUCACAACCACCAUCAACAACCUGGCCAAGACAUUGAAGGAUGCACGCACACCCGUUUUCGGUAUCUGCCUGGGUCACCAGCUGAUUGCCCGCUCUGUCGGUGCCACCACCUCCAAGAUGAAGUUCGGUAACCGUGGUCACAACAUUCCUUGCACCAGCUUGAUCUCUGGCAAGUGCCACAUCACCUCGCAGAACCACGGUUACGCUGUGGAUGCUUCUAGCCUUCAGGAUGGCUGGGAGGAGCUGUUCGUGAACGCCAACGAUGGCAGCAACGAGGGUAUCCGCCACACUGCUCGUCCCUUCUUCAGUGUCCAAUUCCACCCCGAGAGCACCCCCGGUCCCCGUGAUACCGAGUAUCUGUUCGACGUUUUCAUCAACACUAUUCAGAAGACUAUGGCUUCUGCUGAUGCUCUCACCAAGCCCGUGGAGUUCCCCGGCGGCACCAAGGCUGAGAAUGUCAAGGCCGCACCCCGUGUGCACGUGAAGAAGGUUCUGGUUCUGGGAUCUGGUGGUCUCAGUAUCGGUCAGGCUGGAGAGUUCGACUAUUCCGGUAGUCAGGCCAUCAAGGCCCUGAAGGAGGAGGGAAUUUACACGAUCUUGAUCAACCCCAACAUUGCCACCAUUCAAACCUCCAAAGGUCUGGCUGACAAGGUCUAUUUCCUCCCCGUUAACGCCGACUUCGUACGCAAGGUCAUCAAGCACGAGCGCCCCGAUGCCAUCUAUUGUACCUUCGGUGGUCAGACUGCUCUCUCAGUCGGUAUCCAGCUCAAGGAUGAGUUCGAGGCCUUGGGUGUCAAGGUUCUGGGUACUCCCAUCGACACCAUCAUCACUACCGAGGAUCGUGAGCUGUUUGCUCGCAGCAUGGACUCCAUCAACGAGAAAUGCGCCAAGUCGGCUUCCGCCUCUACUCUCGAGGAAUCUCUGCAGGUGGUGGAGAACAUCGGUUUCCCCGUCAUCGUUCGUGCCGCCUAUGCCCUGGGUGGUCUUGGCUCCGGCUUCGCAGAGAACAUGGAUCAGCUGAAGGAUCUUUGCACCAAGGCUCUGGCGGUUAGCCCCCAAGUGCUCAUUGAGCGCAGUAUGAAGGGCUGGAAGGAAAUCGAGUAUGAAGUCGUUCGUGAUGCUCAGGACAACUGUAUCACUGUUUGCAACAUGGAAAACUUUGAUCCCCUCGGUAUUCACACCGGUGACUCGAUUGUCGUCGCCCCCUCCCAGACCCUCUCUGACGAGGACUACAACAUGCUGCGAACUACUGCGGUCAAUGUCAUUCGCCACCUUGGUGUUGUUGGUGAAUGUAACAUCCAAUAUGCCCUGAACCCAUUCUCAAAGGAAUACUGCAUUAUUGAAGUCAAUGCUCGUCUUUCUCGUUCCUCGGCUCUUGCUUCCAAGGCUACUGGUUACCCGCUUGCUUUCAUUGCCGCUAAGCUGGGUCUGGGUAUCCCCCUCAACGAGAUUAAGAACUCUGUGACCAAGUCCACUUGUGCCUGCUUCGAGCCAUCGCUUGAUUACUGUGUGGUCAAGAUCCCCCGCUGGGAUCUUAAGAAGUUCACCCGUGUCUCUACUCAGCUGGGUUCGUCCAUGAAGUCGGUUGGUGAAGUCAUGAGCAUUGGUCGUAAUUUUGAAGAAGCCAUUCAGAAGGCCAUCCGGUCCGUUGACUUCCAUAACUACGGCUUCAACGAGACUAAUGCCCUCAUGUCUAUCAAGGGCGAACUCCAAACCCCAUCUGACCAGCGUCUGUUCGCCAUUGCCAAUGCUAUGGCCGCUGGUUAUACUGUGGAUGAUAUCUGGAAGCUGACUAACAUUGACAAGUGGUUCCUGAGCCGCCUGAAGGGUCUGAGCGAUUUCGGCAAGUCUAUGACUGCUUUCAAUGCUACCAGCGUGCCCAUCCCUAUGAUCCGUCAGGCCAAGCAGCUGGGUUUCUCUGAUCGUCAGCUUGCAAAGUUCCUGAGCUCAAACGAACUGGCUGUUCGUCGCAAGCGUGUGGAAGCCGGUAUUAUGCCCAUUGUCAAGCAGAUUGAUACCGUCGCGGCCGAGUUCCCUGCGGUCACCAACUACCUCUACCUCACUUACAAUGCCUCCGAGCAUGAUCUGAAAUUUGACGACCACGGCAUCAUGGUUCUUGGCUCCGGUGUUUACCGUAUUGGUUCGUCCGUCGAGUUCGACUGGUGCUCCGUUCGCACUAUUCGCACCCUUCGCGAGCAGGGCCACAAGACCAUCAUGGUUAACUAUAACCCUGAGACCGUCAGUACCGAUUACGACGAGGCCGACCGCCUGUACUUCGAAAACAUCAACCUGGAGACUGUUCUUGACAUCUACCAGCUGGAGACUUCCAGCGGUGUGAUUAUCUCCAUGGGUGGCCAGACCCCUAACAACAUUGCGCUGCCUUUGCACCGUCUGAACGUGAACAUCCUGGGUACUUCCCCUGAGAUGAUCGAUGGUGCUGAGAACCGUUACAAGUUCUCUCGCAUGUUGGAUCGUAUCGAGGUUGACCAGCCUGCCUGGAAGGAGCUCACCAGCAUUGACGAAGCCCGUGAUUUCUGUGACAAGGUCGGCUAUCCUGUGCUGGUUCGUCCUUCUUACGUGCUUUCUGGUGCUGCCAUGAACACUGUCUAUUCCGAGCACGACUUGGCGAACUACCUGAACCAGGCUGCCGACGUUUCACGCGACCACCCUGUCGUCAUCACCAAGUAUAUCGAAAAUGCCAAGGAAAUUGAGAUGGAUGCCGUGGCCCGCAACGGUGUCAUGGUUGGUCACUUCAUUUCCGAGCACGUCGAGAACGCCGGUGUGCACUCUGGUGAUGCCACCCUCAUUCUGCCCCCGCAGGAUCUCAGCCCCGAGACCGUCCGCCGCAUCGAGGAGGCCACCCGAAAGAUCGGUAAUGCUCUGAAUGUCACUGGCCCCUACAACAUUCAGUUCAUUGCCAAGGACAACGAUAUCAAGGUUAUCGAGUGUAACGUUCGUGCUUCGCGUUCGUUCCCCUUCGUGUCCAAGGUUAUGGGCGUUGACCUUAUCGAGAUGGCCACCAAGGCCAUGAUCGGCAUUCCCUUCCAGGAGUACCCCCCAGUCAACGUUCCCAAGGACUACUGCGGUGUCAAGGUACCUCAGUUCUCUUUCUCCCGUCUUUCGGGUGCUGAUCCUGUUCUUGGUGUUGAGAUGGCCUCGACUGGUGAGGUUGCUUCUUUCGGACGUGACAAGUACGAGGCCUACCUCAAGGCCUUGCUGUCUACUGGUUUCCGCCUGCCUAAGCGCAACAUUCUCUUCUCUAUCGGAUCCUACAAGGAGAAGAUGGAGAUGUUGCCGUCCAUCCAGAAGCUGCACCAGCUUGACUACAACCUGUUCGCCACUUCUGGAACUGCCGACUUCCUGAAGGAGAACGGAGUCCCUGUCAAGUACCUGGAGGUUUUGGCCGGCGAGGAGGAUGACAUCAAGUCUGAGUACUCUCUGACCCAGCACUUGUCGAACAACCUGAUUGAUCUGUAUAUCAACUUGCCGUCGAACAACCGCUUCCGCCGUCCUGCCAACUACAUGUCCAAGGGUUACCGUACACGUCGUAUGGCCGUUGACUACCAGACCCCCCUGGUGACGAACGUGAAGAACGCUAAGAUCCUGAUCGAAGCUAUUGCUCGUCACUAUCCUCUGAACAUCCAGACCACCGAUUUCCAGACUAGCCACCGCACUGUGGUCCUGCCUGGUUUGAUCAACAUUGCUGCCUUUGUCCCUGGUCUUGUCACUCCCGGCUCCAAGGACUUUGAGGCUGUUACCAAGGCUUCAAUUGCUGCUGGUUUCAGUAUGGUUCGGGUCAUGCCCGUCGGCGUCGACAGCUCGGUUACUCAAGCCACCGAUCUGGCCAUCGUUCAGCAGAAUGCUCAGGACAAGUCGUACUGCGACUUCAACAUCUCGGUCGCGGCCACUGAGACCAACUCGGACCAGAUCACGCAGAUGACUGGUGAGGUUGGCUCUCUGUUCGUCCCGUUCAACCACCUUUCUGGCAACAUCAACAAGGUGGCUACUGUGACCAACCACUUCGGUGCUUGGCCUUCCAGCAAGCCCCUGAUCACCGAUGCCAAGGGAACCGAUCUGGCUUCCAUCCUGCUGCUGGCCAGCCUGCACAGCCGUAACAUCCACGUCAUGAGCGUGACCUCGAAGGAGGACAUCAAGCUGAUUGCCCUGAGCAAGGAAAAGGGCCUGAAAAAGGCACUUUGGGACCAUAUGAGCACCAUCGAUGUUUUCUCUAUUGGUAGCAUUCCAUUCCAGCUUGCUGGAAAGGAUGCUACGCCUUCCGUCGGUAUUGCUGAGUCUCUUCCGCUUCUCUUCACUGCCGUCGCCGAGGGUCGUCUUACCGUGGAGGAUAUCACUGCCCGUCUCUAUGACAACCCCAAGAAGAUCUUCGAGUUGCACGAUCAGGCCGAUACCUCUCUCGAGAUUGAGAUUGACCGCCCUUACAUCUUCCAGGGCAAUGCUUGGUCGCCCUUCAAUGGCAAGAUGAUGCGUGGCUCCGUCCAGCGUGUCACUUUCCAGGGCAAGACGGCUUGCCUAGACAACGAGGUCAUCCCCAGUGCUGUCAAGGGUACCGAUAUGUCGUCUCACCGUAUCGUUCCUACCUCUCCUGUGCAGAAACCUACCACUCCCAUGGUUCGCCCCGAGAGCUCUUUGGAGCGUCACACCUCCUUGUCUGGCACUCCCGGUCGUCGUGUCCGCGGUGUGGAUGCCAAUGUCCCGUCUGUUGGCGAGCUUGGCCCCCCUCUGUACCCGUCGGCCCAGCUCUCCUCCUCGUUGUACGAGAUGCUCUCGCGCUCUCCCUUCCGUGGCAAACACGUACUGUCCGUGAACCAGUUCACUCGCGCGGACCUUCACCUGCUUUUUACUGUCGCUCAGGAGAUGCGCCUUGGUGUUCAACGCCAGGGUGUUCUUGACAUCCUCAAGGGCCGUGUCCUCGCCACCCUGUUCUACGAGCCGUCGACCCGCACCUCCGCUUCGUUCGAUGCCGCUAUGCAGCGUCUUGGUGGACGCACCAUCCCGAUCUCGACCGAACACUCCUCGACUCAGAAGGGUGAGACCCUUCAGGACACCAUCCGCACCCUCGGCUGCUACGGUGACGCCGUGGUUCUGCGCCACCCCAGCCCCAGCAGCACCGACGUUGCGGCCAAGUUCUCUCCGGUCCCCAUCAUCAACGGUGGUAACGGCUCUAUUGAGCACCCGACCCAGGCCUUCCUGGACCUCUUCACCAUCCGUGAGGAGCUGGGUACCGUCACCGGUCUGACCAUCACCUUCACUGGUGAUCUGAAGUACGGUCGCCCCGUGCACUCCUUGAUCAAGCUGCUCCAGUUCUACGAUGUUCGUGUGCAGCUUGUCUCGCCCAAGGAGCUUGCCCUGCCCGAUGAUGUUCGUCAGCAGAUCAAGGCCUCUGGUCAACUGCUUGGCGAGUACGAGGAGCUGACUCCCGAUAUUGUUGCCCGCUCCGAUGUCCUCUACUCGACCCGUGUGCAGAAGGAGCGCUUCUCCGACCUUGCUCAGUACGAGCGCCUGAAGAACAGCCUCGUCAUCGACAACGCUCUUCUGAAGCACGCCAAGAGCCACAUGGUUGUUAUGCACCCUCUGCCCCGGAACGCUGAGAUCGCCGAGGAGGUCGACUUCGAUCAGCGGGCCGCCUACUUCCGCCAGAUGAGAUAUGGCUUGUACUGCCGCAUGGCGCUGCUGGCCCUGGUCUUGGCCCCCUAA